CGGGGUUUUUGCUGGCUGUCCAGACGUGGUUGUGACGGGUCAGUUGAGGAGUUGGGUUUCCCGACGGUUUUGAGUGGUUUUGGGUCUCGGUAUCAGAGGCUAAAUCCGGCACGUGGUUCCCUCUGUUUCUCGGUAUUUGUUUGAUGGAUCAACUCUUAGAAUUCCUGGAGGUUUAUGAGCUGCUGUAAUAAGAUAUCAGAAUGAUCCCCUAAAGGCACUCAAAACGUUCAACCAAGUGAAAACCGAAGAUGGUUUCAAGCACACAUUGGAAACGUAUAAGUGCAUGAUUGAGAAGCUUGGGCUGCAUGGACAAUUUGAAGCAAUGGAGGAUGUGCUUGCUGAAUUGAGGAAGAAUGUCGAUAAUAAAAUGCUUGAAGGAGUGUAUAUUGGAAUUAUGAGAGACUAUGGAAGGAAAGGAAAGGUCCAAGAAGCUGUUAAUGUGUUUGAAAGGAUGGAUUUUUAUGAUUGUGAGCCAUCGGUUCAAUCAUAUAAUGCCAUCAUGAACAUUUUGGUUGAGUAUGGGUAUUUCAGUCAAGCUCACAAAGUGUAUAUGAGAAUGAAAGAUAUUGGAAUUUAUCCAGAUGUUUAUACAUACACAAUUAGGAUGAAGUCCUUCUGUAGAACUGGUAGGCCAAGUGCUGCCCUGAGGCUGCUUAAUAAUAUGCCUGGCCAGGGAUGUGAGUUCAAUGCUGUUUCAUAUUGCGCUGUGAUUAGUGGAUUUUACGAAGAGAAUUGUCAAAUUGAGGCGUAUCACUUGUUCAACGAAAUGCUCAAACAAGGUAUCUGUCCUGAUAUUUUAACAUUCAAUAAGCUCAUUCAUGUUCUUUGUAAGAAGGGUAAUGUUCAAGAAAGUGAAAAACUCUUCAGCAAGGUCAUGAAGAGGGGAGUUUGCCCAAAUCUGUUCACAUUCAAUAUCUUCAUCCAGGGGCUUUGUAGAAAAGGUGCAAUAGAUGAGGCUGCUAGAUUGUUGGAGAGUAUCGUAUCAGAAGGUCUAACUCCUGAUGUAAUUUCAUACAAUACACUGAUUUGUGGCUUCUGUAAACAUUCUAAAUUAGUAGAAGCAGAGUGUUGUUUGCGUAAAAUGGUGAAUAAUGGGGUUGAGCCAAAUGAAUUUACCUAUAAUACAAUUAUUAAUGGAUUUUGCAAAGCGGGUAUGAUGCAAAAUGCAGAUAAAAUUCUCCGUGAUGCAAUGUUCAAGGGGUUCAUCCCUGAUGAAUUCACAUAUAGCGCUUUAAUUAAUGGAUUAUGCAAUGAUGGAGAUAUGAGCCGAGCCAUGGCUGUAUUUUAUGAGGCAAUGGAAAAAGGAUUUAAGCAUAGUAUUAUUCUCUAUAAUACAUUGGUAAAGGGGUUGUCCAAGCAGGGACUUGUUUUGCAGGCCUUGCAGCUGAUGAAAGAUAUGAUGGAACAUGGUUGUAGCCCUGAUAUUUGGACUUACAAUCUAGUUGUGAAUGGGUUGUGCAAGAUGGGUUGUCUAUCUGAUGCCAAUGGAAUUCUGAAUGAUGCUAUUGCGAAGGGAUGCAUUCUUGAUAUAUUUACCUUCAAUACAUUGAUUGAUGGUUACUGUAAACAACGCAACUUGGACAAAGCUAUUGAGAUUUUAGACACAAUGUUGAGUCAUGGUAUAACUCCUGAUGUGAUUACAUAUAACACAAUCUUAAAUGGCCUUUGCAAGGCAAGAAAGCUAGACAAUGUGGUGGACACUUUUCGAGCAAUGCUUGAGAAGGGGUGUACACCAAACAUAAUUACAUACAAUAUAUUGAUUGAAAGCUUUUGUAAAGAUCGAAAAGUUAGCGAAGCAAUGGAGUUAUUUGAGGAGAUGAAGACUAGAGGUUUGACUCCAGAUAUUGUUACUCUUUGCACCUUGAUUUGUGGGUUAUGCAGUAAUGGCGAGUUGGAUAAAGCUUAUGAGCUAUUUGUGACACUAGAAAAAGAAUACAAAUUCUCAUAUUCAACAGCUAUAUUCAACAUUAUGAUCAAUGCCUUCAGUGAAAAACUAAAUGUUAGUAUGGUAGAGAAGCUCUUUCAUAAGAUGGGUGGCUCUGACUGUGCUCCAGACAAUUACACCUACCGUGUCAUGAUAGAUUCUUACUGCAAAACAGGGAACAUUGAUCUUGCACACACUUUUCUCUUGGAGAAGAUCAGUAAAGGGUUGGUUCCAUCAUUCACAACUUGUGGAAAAGUUUUGAACUGUCUUUGUGUGAAGCACAGAUUAAAUGAGGCCGUGGAUAUUAUCAACCUUAUGGUGCAGAAUGGCAUUGUUCCUGAAGAAGUGAAUUCAAUAUUUGAAGCUGACAAGAAGGAAGUAGCUGCACCUAAAAUUGUUGUAGAAUAUCUAUUGAAGAAGUCUCAUAUCACAUACUAUAGUUAUGAACUGUUGUAUGAUGGAAUUCGGGGUAGAAAGUUGAACAAAAAGUUCAAACGAAGUACUUCCCUAGUUUCAAGAAAGAGGAAGUUUUGAGUAUAUAGAGGAAGUUUGGAACAACAAUGGCCGUUCUCUUCUACCUCAAGAUCCCUACAAACAAGCCCAGGUUCGAUUCUUGGCUGAUUACGUUCAGAAACAGGUGUUUGAGGGUUUGUUUUUGUUAAUGAAAACAGAAGGGGAAGCACAAGAGAAAGCCAUUGAAGAUGUGAAAGAGAAGCUGAAAGUUCUUGAAGAACAGGGGCUGAAGGAUUUAUUGGCAGAGGGAAGUACAUUUGUGAAUGGAGACGAACUUGGAUAUUUGGACAUAGUUAUGUCGACAGUGCUUGGAAUGUACAAGGUUCAUGAAGAGUUUUUUGGAGUGAAAAUUGUGGAAGAAGAGAAGAUCCCAGUUGUGUUCUCAUGGUUGAAUAGAUUGAUUGAACAUCCACUUGCAAAGGAGGUUGCUCCUCCCAAAGAAAAGGUUUUGGGGUUUCUUCACUUCAUUAGACAAAAAUUGCUACCCUCACAGGCUGCUGCUUAAUGCUCUUCACAUGUGUACUAAUACAACAUAAAUAAACCUUAAUUUCGUCUCUAAAGUUAUUGUAUUGUGUAUUUUACUCCAUGGUUUUCACUUUUCAAUAAUAAAAUUUGAUAUGUUUUCUUCUUUAA